AUGUCUCUGUCGCGAGCCUUUACCACAUCCCGCCGCAAGCUCGGCCUCGACACCGACUCGGCCCCAAGCUUCAUGAGACGCAGCAACACCACCAAGGCACCCGAGUUUCGUCCCAAGAUUUCUGGUCCAGUCGAGCUUAUUCACACCACAAACAUCCUCACAUACAGCGCACCGGAUCUGCCUCGCCCUUCCCGCAGCAACUCGGCUUCUUCCAAAACUGCUGACUCGGACACGGAAACGUUCAUGACUGCCGAGUCUACCCCGCCCACCAGCCCCGAUGUAUCCCCCGCUGAGCGUGACUGUGCUUCGCCGACCCCCGAGCCGAACCACCUGUCCUGCUACUUCCAGACCGCCGCCCGCGCGGCCACGCCGGACCCUUCCGCUCCCGCCAUUCCCAAGCGUUCGCCAUCGCACACAAAAAAGGCCAGCUACGAGGCGCUGGCUCGCAAGCGCUCCAUCUCUCGCCAGUCCCGCGACUCGGACAUGUCAACCUCUUCACGCCCUGGUUUGACCUUUUCUCGUGCAUCGUCCACGUCGACGCGGGUGUCGUCGGCCUCGUCUUCUUUCGCGCAAAAGUUGGCCCCUGCUACCCCGCCAGUCAACACAGGCAAAGAGUCGCAUCCGUUCGGCCAGGAGCUUGCUCAGGUCAGCGAGCUCGCCGAGGAGUACGGUGUCGGCGACAAGCUCGGGCCUAUUGAUGAGGAAGAGGAGCUCUACUUCAGCUCUCGCGGUCUCGUUAGGUUCACGGCCGACGACUACCUGGGCAUCGUCCACGGUAUCAGCAGCUCCUUCUUCGCUGACCACUCGGCGGCUCCUGCGCCUCUCUGGAUUUAG